AUGGCGGGCAACGCGUUCUGCGCCUUCGUGGUCGUGCCGCUGUUUUUUUCGUUGUUCUCCACCGCCCCCGUGGCCCACGCGAUCCGCCUCUCCCGCGACCCCACGAGCGCUGGCGACCCCGUCGAUGUCCAGGAGUCGCCGAAGAAGAUGGCGGCCAAGGACGACGUCAAGGUGGAGGGCGACGCCGACGGCGAGGAGAUGGAGGAUGGCGAGGAGGAGGAGGAUUCAGACGCGCAUGACUCCGUCGUCGAGUGCGUGAGCGACGACCCCUUGCUCGGCAACGCUGGCGACGUCACUGGCGGCCACUGCGUGGAGUGGUCGGAGAACGACUUCCGCUAG